UGGCAUGACAACAUUAGCUCCGAUGCUAACAUGCUAACAGGCUAACCGAUAGUAAACUACAGACAUUGAACUACAGACAGUGAGCUACAGAUAGUGAACUACAGACAGGGUUAGCUUAUAAUCAUGUCUGAAGUUCGGGUGAAGAAGGAGAGCAUCACUGAUAUCGCGCAGAUAGAAAACAGGAUCAAAGAGCUGUGUCAGCAGUUUCCUCAUGGCAUCACAGACCAGGUGAUCCAGAACGACAUGCCUCACCUGGAGCCGCAGCAGAGAGCCAUGGCCAUCAACAAGCUGCUGUCAUUGGGUCUGCUGGACCUGCUGAGGAACAGCUCGGGGCUGCUGUACAGGAUGAAGGACGCUCAGAGCACCAGUAAGAUGAAAGGCUCAGAUAACCAGGAGAAGCUGGUCUACCAGAUCAUCGAGGACGCAGGAAACAAAGGCAUCUGGAGCAGAGAUAUCCGCUUUAAGAGCAAUCUUCCUCUGACGGAGAUCAAUAAGAUCCUGAAGAACCUGGAGAGUAAAAAACUCAUCAAAGCUGUGAAGUCUGUGGCGGCGUCCAAGAAGAAAGUUUACAUGCUGUACAACCUGCAGCCGGACCGCUCGGUGACCGGCGGAGCAUGGUACAGCGACCAGGACUUCGAGUCCGAGUUCGUAGAAGUUCUGAACCAGCAGUGCUUCAAGUUCCUGCAGAGCAAGGCCGAGGCAGCGAGGGACAGUAAGCAGAGUCCGAUGGUUCAGAGGAACAGUUCCUUCGCUACUUCACACGAAGUCUGGAAAUACAUCUGUGAGCUGGGAAUCAGUAAGGUGGACCUGUCGAUGGACGACAUCGAGACGAUCCUGAACACGCUGAUCUACGACGGGAAGGUGGAGAUGACGAUCAUCGCAGCGAAGGAGGGAACGGUGGGCAGCGUAGACGGACAGAUGAAGCUGUACCGAGGCGUGAACGCCGUCAUCCAGCCCACCGGCCUCGUUAAGACGCCCUGCGGCAUCUGCCCGGUGUUUGAUGACUGCCAUGAGGGAGGGGAGAUCUCUCCGUCUAACUGCGUCUACAUGAGCGAGUGGCUCGACUUCUGACGGCUGCUCCUCUCGUCUCUUUUCUCUGUGAUGAAAAGUUUACGAUCGGUUGGUCGUCGCCUUUAUUUUGUAUUUAUC